CCACACCAAAACGAAAUCCAAAUUUCACCGUCUCUGUCUGGCUAGGUUUUCGUCGAGAGAAACGGCAAUGGCUUUGACUCCCAAGCUUCUCCUCCGACCCUCGACCCUCUUCGCUCUGUUCGUGAUUGUCGCAUUCUCUGUCCUCGGGUCGGCUACUGCUAGGCCAGGCUGCAAGACCUUCUUCAUCGCUUUCACCACCACCAUCCCCGCACGAAACCCUAAUCUCCCGCAUUUCCUCACGAUCUCCGACCAGCUCGUCGAGAUUCACCGCAAACCCGCUGCUUAUUUUGAGGAGAUCGUCGUUUUCCCCACCAGAUUCGUUUCCGACGUCCCUCAGUUUCCUGCGGAUGUUGAGAAGCGUGAAAUUGAGCACUCGUUUGGAUCUUUUGGUUACAGCUCUCUCCGCAAACCUAGCAAGGAUAUCCUGAACGUGGUGUUCUCCCUCCUUCUCGGUGUAGCCUGUGGCGCUCUCACCUCGGCAACCAUGUACUUGAUAUGGUGUCUCAUGUUCCACCGCGGUGAGCAUAGGAUUCUGGAUUCGGACAGCUCAGAUGAUGAUGAUCUCUACAAUCCUAAAAAGAUGGGCUAUGUUAAAGUUCCAGCUGCUCCGGCGGAUGCUGCACCCAAAGAAGCUGUUUCUGGGAAUUAGAGGGUUUGAUGAUCUCUGUUUAUAUUUGUGAUUACGUAUUUCUGCAAUUACUGCUAUGUUAAAGAUGGUUAUAAUACCAAACUUUUAUGUAAUUUCCGAUGGCCACAUAUGAACAUCCUUGUUGCGCUAUGCUUUUACCUUUUCCAAAUAUUAACAUCGAUGCUGCAUUUUACUUU